GGAGGUAGAUAUGAAGCAGAAUAUAUAGAAGGAGAGUGAAGUAAAAAAGGAGUUAAAAAUGGCUUGUCCUCCGACUUAUAAAGUGGUAAAAGGUGAGCUUAAGAAUGUUUCUGAUGACUGCCAAGCGAGCUUGAAUUAUUCGAGUUACCAAGGUGCUCCGGUAACGAUUAAAAAAGAUUCAUUACCAACUCCAUUUGCGCAGAAUAUGUUAGUCGACGGUUUGUACGGAGGCCUGGUGUAUGAUGUUGGUAGGGUUAAGUGGAUUAUUCUUUGGACCAUUGAUUGUAAGGUGGCUACUAAGAUCCUUAAACCCGAAGACCCUAUUAUUUGGGAGGAUAUAGUGGGCAUCCUUCAGCCCUAUGAUAGCACUGACUACUUGCCCUUAUCACCUGGGGAUGUAUUUUCCGCAGAAGCUCAUAUCCACGCAAAUGAAGAUGGAUCUCUAAGCCUGAAAGCCCAGAUCAUGUGGAACUAUUGCAUUUAACCUACUUUGUUUUGCAUCAUAUAUUGCUGCAUGCCUAUCUCUAUCAAUUUAUGCUGUGUGACCCAUGGAGGCUGUCUACUUCUUUAUAUUAAUAAUACUAUUAAAUAAAUUUGACAGCCA